CGCCUGGUCGGGGACCCCGAAUCGCCAGAGGGUUCCCCCGUGGAAGAGGGAGCAGCAGUCGGCAGCAGCUACGUGGUGUGUGACGGGUGCAGCAGAUGGCGCUACUGCAAGAAUAUCACCAGCAGGGGCGACCUCUGCAUCUGCGGCAAGAACCUCGCCUGCCUCGUCCCCGACGGCCAUGUCUUCCGUGACGACGAUGGUGGGUGGCUGGCAGCACAGCCCCAAGGAGGAACCUCGCCCAGGAUCAGUUGGGCAGAUGGUUGGCAGCCAGGUGGUGGUGCAGGCGGGAAAGGACAAGGAGGCCAACGCCAGCCACCACCUCACGACAAGACUGUCGACCUCAAGGCUGCCGCCGCAGCAGCUUACAGCAAGCUCAGCAAGGACGACCCGCUCAGGCAGCACUACGAGGCCCUCUGGCCAGAGCUCGCCGCAGCCAAGCCACCAGCAGAUCAACCAGUCGUUGGAUUCAAGGCAGUGGAGGCAGCUGCUCGACGCUUGGGCAAACUCCAGAAGAAAGUACGAUCGGCAGGGGAGCAAGUUGAGAGUGCCCAGCAGUACUUGGCUGAGAGUGAACGCAAGCUUCGUGAAGCCAUGGAAGCCUCCAUUGCAGCCGAAGAUGAGUUCGACAAGCUCAAGGCCACAGUCGGCAAGCAAGAGGCACCAGCUGAACCUGCAGCCGAGAAGCCAACUCUGGCAGCCCUCCUGGAGCAGUUCGAGCAUGAGCCUGACGACUUCCACAAGUGGUCCGAGCCUGACAACGAGGCCUGGCGGGCAGCAAAGGCCACAGGCGAGCGCAUGGCCCAGACGGUCAAGGAGCACGAGGAGGAGACGGCGAAGCACCUGCGACUACUGGAGGAAGAAACGGCCAGGCACCAGGAGCAGCUGCGCCAGCUCGAGCAGCCCCUCAGCGAGGCGCCACCACAUGCACUGAGGCAGCAGGGACAGCCGCCGCGGCUGCGCCCACCGGCGCCGCAGCAGCUGCCCAACCAGAAGCAGGCGCAGCAGAACAUGACAAAGCAGAAGAACGCCGAGCCAGAGUGGAGGCCCACACCCAGGAGGCGCGAGAGAAGGUCUCGCAGGCUAGGCGCGCCGAGACAGUCGUCGACGCAGAAGGGCAAGGUGACCACUCAGCAGGGUAGCCGCCCCAAGGCGAGCGCGAAGAAGGCUCGCCGCCCGUGCCGCAUUGACUUCUUCAACGUCAUGACCUGGGGCCCCCAGGCACAGGGCUACCUCGUGGAGGCCAACAAUACCAAGGACAGGGGCAUCAUUGGCAUCGCGGAGCACCACCUCCGCCAUCCUGCGCAGAUUAGCAAGGCAAGAGCGGCGCUCAGGAGGAAUGGCAUGCACAGCUACUGGACCAAGGCACGGCCAGGAGAAGGAGAAGGCACUCGAGGAGGCACGUGUGCCAUCACGCGAGGAUCCUUGGACAUCCAGGACAGGAUCGCGGGUUUCGAUGAGCACUACCUGCACGAGGACGGCAGUGACGUCACGGUGGUGAUCUCCAACCUGCACAAGGUCCGUUUCGCAGUGGCUUUCGUCUACCUUGAGUGUGGGACGGGCUUUGGAGAGAGGAACGUCGACAUCCUCUGCGACCUGCGGGAGAAGAUGGCCGUCUGGGGAGGGCCCUGGGCAGCGCUUGGGGACUUCAACAUGACGCCGUCGGAGCUCAACAACAGCAUUUGGCCCAGGGUGCUGAAUGCUCAGGUAGCUGCGGCGGAGGAUGGCGCCCCCACAUGUUCCCCAGCAGUAGGUGAGGCCAGGUGCAUCGACUUCGCGCUGAUAUCGCAGGGCCUGGCGCCGUAUUUCGACCAGCUGGAGCUGCUCAGGACCGCGCCGUGGAAGCCGCACAUCGGCAUCCGCUUGAAGCUGAAGGGGCGGCCUCUCAUGCUCAAGGGCGGGGUACUUCGCAGGCCAGCAGCCAUUAAGCCGCCAGUCACAGUCGAGAGAACGCCGAAGUCCAGAGCCGCUUGCAGACGAGCGGCGCGCGGAGGCCAGGAGGCCAUGCGCCGACGUCAGCAAGCGUUGGCAGAGGCAGGACGCGACCUGGACGAGAACGACAUGGAGCCAGUGCCGCAGCUGCACUACGACAAGGAGGUCCAGCACGUCAUCCCUGACGAGCUGUGGCAGGCCACCUCCGAGCGGGUCAGCGCGCGCGCCUACGACGAGUUGCCCCAGCACUUGCAGCACACAGUCGUCGGCAAGAUGAUGGAGCGGGACAUGCUGGACCUGGGGCAACAGUACGACCGCUUCGCAAGCACCCUCGAGCUCAGCCUGCGCGAGAGCAUCGGCAUCCCAGAGGAAGAGCGUGGACGACAUCUCGGGCACAGCAGGCCCCCGAGCUACAAGAGCGCGAGCAUCAAGGACACCGUCACCUCUACGCCAUGGGCAGGGGUCGAAAGGAAGAUCCACGCGUGGUGGGCGGAGAUCUCCUCCUUGGCGCGGCAGCUCUCGCACCAUGAUGCCCGAGCGCAGGAGGCAGCAGCAAGUCGACAGGGCAAGACCCAGGCACUUCCCGAUGAGGACUCAGGAGGUGGACAGGGCCCGUCGGCGUCGGAGCUUGGCCCCGUCAUGUCUGGCAGCCAGGUAGGACGCGUCCUGGACCUCCGAGACGGGCACAGCUUGCCAAGAGACGAGGGCGAGGCGGCCUGGCCCAGAGAAAGAGGACGCAACACCAUGGACAUCCAAGAUCACGACCCCUUCGAGGACGAGGAGGACUACUUGGAGUACCGCCAGGAGAUCGCAGACCAGGAGAACAGCGACGGGUACCACCAGCACAUCGAGGGGCAGCAGGACAGGCUUGAGUUCGGCCAGACCGUCCGCCGACGUGCAGCUGGAUCUGCCUUUCCCCCACCAGCAGGACGCAGCACCAUGGGCGCCCAAGACCACGACCCCUUCGAGGAGGAGGAGGACUGCCUGCAGCAUCGCCAGGAGACCGCAGAUCAGGAGGACUGCGACGGGCAUCACCAGCUCAUCGAGGGGCAGCAGGACAGCAUCGACUACGGCCAGACCGUUCGUCGUCAUGCAGCUGGAUCAGGCCCAGAGGCAGAGGAGCCACGCGAUAUGGGCCUGCCCCCACCAGACCUCUGGAAUGAUGACCAGCACCAGCGGGAGCGGGAAGACUACGUGGCCAUGAGAGACGACUUGGAGCACUGGGCGGCCAUCUGGAUGGAUAACUCGGUGCAGCUCCCCACGGACAACAGCAACUGGAUGCAGAUCUGUGUGCCGUUCCUGGAGACCAUCUUGGGUGGCGGAGGCAACAAUGGCAUGGUGAGGCUGCUCAGGCGCAGGUACCAGCAGGUCCGCACCCACAGCGGCCACCAGACGCAGCAGCAGAUCAACACAAGACGGCAGCUCGCGCAGCAGCUCAACCAGCUUGACCCAGGCAGGCUGAGCGAAGAAGGUGCAGCCAAGGACCAGCAGCAGGCCCUCCUCACAGACCUGCACGCGAUAGCAGAGGGCGCCCUCGUGGACCCAGGGACGAUCAGCAGGGUAGCAGAGGAGGUUAAGAGCAUGGCCAAGCUACUCACAAAGGCGGUGAAGAAGGCGUACAGCCACUGGGUGCACGACGCCACGGCAGGCAGUGCGAAGAUGGCCCACGCCUACACCAAGGCAGCGGAGCGCAGCCACCUGGAGGACAUCCUUGAGCACGAGGGCCAGGUCAUCAACCACCCGCAGCAGCUGGUGGACUUGCGCAAAGAGGCAUGGCAACGCAGGUGGACACGAGAUGCGCAGAAGGCCGAGAGGAGCCAAGAGGCGCUGGCCAAGCUGAGGCAGGCGGCCUUGGCCCAAGAGAAUGCCCCCGAGCCCAUCAGCAAGGACAUCAUCGGCUCCAUCACCCAGCACCUGAAGCGCAAUGCUGGCCAAGGAGCGGACUGGUGGAGGGCUCCAGAGCUCAAGGCCAUGGGCGCCCAGGGGCUGGAAGACUUCGUGCAGUGCCUGACCAGCUGUGAGCAACGGGCAGCGUGGCCGUGGCAAUUCUACUUGGUGCUGGAGCUGCUGCUGGGCAAGAAGCCAGGAAUCGGCGGUGAGCGCCCCAUCGGCCUCAUGCCCAUGCCGUACCGCAUCUGGAGAGUCUUCUACGACGCGGCAAACUUCUACGACAACAUAGGCCUCGACCAGCUGAUCGAGAAGGCCAGCGCCCUCCAGUACCCGUUGCUGCCGCUGGCAAUGGCCGUGCAGAUGUACCUUGCGCCCAGGGCCAUCAUGGCCCACAGCCUCUUCUCGGACAUCUUCGAGCCUGCCAACAGCAUGGUAGCUGGCUGUGGCCAAGCGGUCGACCUCACCAGACCGCUCUUGUAUGGCAUCCUGGAUGCAGCGCACAGGCACCACAUCUUCGUCGUCAUGCAGCAGUACCUGGACGACUUGGCCCUGCAGGUAGAGGGUGCGCGGCGGCAGGUCAUUGACCAGAUCAAGCACGUGGCAGCGCUGGUGCACGAUGGAUUCAAGCAGCUCUCGAUACCCAUCUCCGUCAAGACGGCAGUGGUGGCCUCGGACAAGGACCUCCAGGCAGAAGUCGCCAGCAUCCUGGACAGCCUGGGCACCCCCAACAAGCAACCAGGUGUAGUGCGCGACCUCGGCGUGGACACCAGCCUCGGCAAGCAGCUGCGGCGACCCACCCAUGCCGCGCGCCAGGCCAAGGCCAAGCAGAGGGUGGCCAAGCUCAAGGACCUAGCGAAGACGGACGCCAGAGGCGCGGCAAAGGUCUAUUCAGCAGGGGCCUACUGCCAGCAGGCCUGGGACUUGCCAGCGCACGGCAUCACGCCCACGGAGGCGAAGUCGGUCAGGGCUACGGGGGCAGCGCUCCUCACAGGCGGACACAAGGCUGGACGCUGCACGUCCACCAUCCUCCUGAUCCAGAGGGGGACGCAAGAGGCAGUAACCCGAGCCAUCGGCGGCCAGAUCAAGCAGUUCUGGCUCACCAUAGUCGACCACCCGACGGAGCUCAAGAGGUACCAGAGAGGUUGGCUCCUGCUCUACGCCAAGCUGGACGCCCUGGAACCCAACCGCCGGUGGCAGCAGGUCAAGGGGCCUAUGGCAGGGGUCAUCGCGCAGCUGCUUGGGUUAGGCUGGAUACCGCGACGCCUGGACAGCUGGAUCAGCCCAGCAGGAGACGAGUGGGCCUACAAGCCAGAUGACAUUCCUCACUUCGGCGCGCUCCUGCAUGAGGUCCAGCAGAGCGCGCAGCAGCAGCUCUGGCAGCAGGCAGCUGGCCAUCGCAGUGGAGAAGGACUUCAGGCUGGAGGCGACCUCUAUCAGCUGCAGCGCCACCUGAGGAGGAGGAGGCGCAAAGGACAGCAUGCAGAGGCAGCCAUGCUGGAGACCAUAGCGGUGGCGGGUAUCUGGACCAGGGAGCGUCGCAGGGCGGCCAACCUCAACCAAGAAGGCGACGACACCUGCGCGAGAUGCGGCGAGGCGAUCGAGACAGAGGAACACCGCUACUACGCAUGCCCUGCCAACGCAGAGAUAGGGCACAGCAAUGACACCGACCUGGCGAAGAAGGCGAAAGACGCGCUGGACCAGCGGCAAGACCUGCACUUCUGGCUCCGCGGCACCCCGCCAGCGGCCUGGGCAGCCAAGGUCGACCCAGACGAGGACGCGGCGAAGGCGGCGCAGAUCUUCUGCACCAGCGAAGAGGCUCAGGCGGCAGCCCAGUCAGGGUACAAGGUUCGAGCAGACUAUGUCUUCACGGACGGCUCAGGUGGUGCAGGGGAAACGGCCAAGGACCCCCGCCUCAGACGCUGCGGCUGGGCAGUGGUGGCCUCCAGGUUCGACGAGCAAGGACGCCCGCAGGAAGUGGCCGCCUGGUACGGCACGAUCAGGGCACCGCACACGGUGCCGCGGGCAGAGCUCACCGCCAUGAGCAAAGCCGUCGGGUACACCACGGCGGCGACGGCCAGGGGGCUCAACAUAGUCAGCGAUUGCAAGUACGCCCUGGACGCACUCAAGCAGAUCCAGGAUCCUGAGGACCUGGACUACAGGAGCACGAACUACGACCUCUGGCUCCAGACGAAGCAGCAGCUGCAGAACAGCACGGACACCAUCAUGGGCCACCACAUCCCAAGCCACCUGAUUGAGCACCCAGCCGAGCUGGAGAGGUGGAAUGGUCCCACCUGGUGGGUCAUUGGAAACGAGAUGGCAGACAAGUACGCAGGCUGGGGAGCGGAGCAUGGAGCACUGGAUCCAGCCAUCAUCGCGCAGCAGCAGAUCAGGGACCAUAUCACCAUGGCGGUGCAAAACCGGCUGCUGGCCAUCAACAUGGCGGUGGCGGUGGAGGACCCCAAUAAGGCCCCUCAGCGUCCCAAGGCCAAGCGCCGAAAGCCGCAGGCGGCAAGGGACAGGGCAGCCCAGCUGGGACACGACUUGCGCAAGCUACAUCCGCGAUGGUGGUGUGCAACGUGUCGCAGUGGCCCAGCCAAAGGACAAAACAUCAAAGACUGGCUGGCAGAGACGGGAGAAUGCCUCGGGAAGUACGGCGGCCACCAGGACCAACACGGCAACGUCGGGCUCGACUUCAAGGCGGUGCAGAUCGGCACGCAGGUGGUGCACGUCUCCCACAAGACGCAGUUCACCCAUGGCUGGCUCUGGUGCGAGAAAUGUGGCGGCACCAGCUACCUUGGGGACCACAAGAGCAGGAUCGUGGCAGGAGCGAAGCCAGCAGCAGACCCAGCUGAUGAGGUUCUCAACGAGAUCACCAUGCCUGGUGAUUUCAAGCUCGGCCUGAGUAACCACGAGGCGAUCGACCUGGACGGGGGCAGCUCAGAGGCAGGGGACCCGCAGCCAGCUCCACAGCUGCCACCCAGCCAUCCGCACUCUGUCGUCCAAGCCAGCUGGAGGCUCGUGGACCACAUGGAGGGCUACGCGGAGCAGUGGAUGAACAUGGUCGACCAAGAGGUCUGGGACGACAUGGACGACUGGAUGGAGCACUGCGUACCGUACCUCCUGGCCAUCACCAAUGUGGGCGGCAGAACGGACACGCAAGAGCAGACCAGGGCCGUCACCGUGCAGGAGCUUCAGCAGAUCAAGGACUUCUGCGAAGAAGUCUGGCGCAACACGCACCGCACGCGACGGAGGCUCAUGACCAGGAUGCUUACCCUCCCGUACGGUACAAGGCAGCAGGCAGCAAGAGUGCACAUGGACGCUUUCCAGAACAGAAGGAACAACAUCCUAGCGCACAGCAUCUCCAGCAGCGAGCGCAGGCCGCUGCCGAGAACAGCGGAGGCCAGCCGAGAGUGGUCACCAGAAAACCUGGACGAUGAUGACUCGACCCCAGACAGUGGAGCCCCAGAGCUGGAGGGUGAGCCGAGCAACCAGGAGAUGGAGACCAUGGCAGGACCUGAUCAGAGGAACGACGCCAACAGCCUGAUGCAGACGGUCGUGCAGGUGGCAGUAGCGCUAACCAAGCCAGUGGGGCCCGACCUGAUGAAGUUCGUGAGCGAAGCCGAUGAAGCCGGCCUGCUCCACCCAAGGCUUCGACACAACAAAGGAGAAGCUGACCAGGACCCAGAGCAGGAGGUGGCGUGGCUCGAGAGGAACAGGCUCGAGCAGCUCAUGCAGUCGCUGGCAGGCAGCUGGAUCCAGAAAGAGGGCGAACAGGGCUGGCCAUCGUGGCAGGCUGCGUGCGUGCCCCAUGUGCUGAGGGCGCUGCGGACUGGCGUCUACCAGAGGCUGUUCAGCAACGUGUCAGGGCUGAGCCGCCAGCGCAGCCAGCGCCGAGCGGCGGAGGAGAUCUGCCGCAUGGCAUGGCUCAACAGCGGAGAGGCGCGCAGGCAGAGCCAGCAGCAGGACCCGAAGGAGGCAGAGCGGCGCAGAGCAAUGGCUGAGCAGUUCCUGGGCGUGACUGAGCCAGUGGUGAGGAGCCGCAGCCCGCGACGGAGCACCAUGGACAUGGCAGACCUCGACCACUUCCUUGAAGAGGAGAACAGCGAGGAUUGCCUCCAGCAGCCCGUAGACAAGCAGGACAGCGACGACAACCACCAGCAGAUCCCAGAUGUACAGCACAGCAUAGGGUACCACCUGGCAGACCGCAGAGGACCCCAGCGUGGCGAGGGGUUAGGCCACGGAGGACCCCAGCGCGGUGAGGGGUUAGACCGCAGUGCCAAAGGCAAGCAGAGGCUCGAGGCGGAGGUCCCUGACGAGCCCAGUGAGCAUGACGCGAACUUUUUGACCAACAGUGUGGUAGACAGGACCUCGCAACUAACAGAGCGGACCCAUACCCUGGGAAACCGACAGACUGAACGCGAGGGGGAGGGCUUGGCCCGUGGAUACCACGUGAAUCGCGAACACAGCGAGUGGCAUAGUCGGGGGACCUCGCCUGAGCUAGUGGGCAGUAGCACCGAGGACGGGGACAGUGCGAGACUCGGCGUUCCCCCGCGUGGCGAGGGGUUAGGCCACAAAACUGCGCAGCCCGAGACGACGGCAGACUACGACGACACAGACCUGCAGCGGGACCUGGAUAAGUUUUCCGGAGACUUUCCCCAGCGCGGUGAGGGGUUAGACCGCAUGGAACCCUUGCGCGGCGAGGGGCUAGGCCACGGCAAUCCCCAGCGCGGUGAGGGGGUAUACCGCAGUGCCAAAGGCAAGCAGAGGCUCGAGGCGGAG